AUGAUGAUGAUGAUCAGUUGUGCCAAUGCUUUCAAUUUAUGCCUUCAGUUCGCUGCCAUUUAUACCUGCUCGCUGUUCGCGAAUCCAAUUGACCAACUGACUGGAAAUUACUCAGCUUCUACUUCAUCCAUUGCCCAAAUAUCCAGCUCCAACAGCUCUUCGGAUUCCAAAUCAUACAGCAAUUUAGCUCCUAUCGAAGCUUACGGAAACAAGUUUUUCAACUCUGAAGAUGGCAAACAAUUUUUCAUUAAGGGUAUAGCUUAUCAACCAAGUAGAGCCGCUGGUGAUGUUAUUGCAUUAAACGCUGACAAUGUGAAAUUUAUUGAUCCUUUAGCUGAACCAGAAAUUUGCCUCAGAGAUCUUCCUUAUUUGCAAAAAUUGGGAGUCAAUACAGUUCGUGUUUAUUCCAUAGAUACUGAUAGAGAUCAUGAUGUUUGUUUUGAAGCAUUUGCAAAAGCCGGUAUUUAUGUUAUUGCUGAUUUAAGUGAACCUGAUGUUUCCGUUGUCAGAGACUCUCCAACAUGGGAUACAACUAUUUAUAACAGAUAUACCAAGGUUGUUGACUCGUUACAUAAAUAUCCAAAUGUCUUGGGGUUCUUUGCUGGUAAUGAGGUUACAAAUGACAAAAGUAAUACAUUUGCUUCACCAUUUGUCAAAUCGUCAAUUAGAGACAUCAAAAGUUACAUUGAAUCGAAAGGGUACAGGAAAAUUCCUGUUGGUUACUCCACUAAUGAUGAUGCUGAAACCAGGGCUAAUGUUGCCGACUUUUUCACUUGUGGUGAUGUGGCUGCUGACUUUUAUGGUAUCAAUAUGUAUGAAUGGUGUGGAUACUCAACUUAUUGGGCAAGUGGUUAUAAAGAAAGAACUGAGGAGUUUAGAAAUUAUCCAGUCCCUAUCUUUUUCUCAGAGUUUGGGUGUAACGUCAAGAGACCUCGCCCAUUCACAGAAGUUGAAGCUCUUUAUAGUCGUUUGAUGACUGAUGUAUGGUCCGGUGGUAUCGCAUAUAUGUACUUUGAAGAGCCAAACCAAUAUGGUGUUGUUCAAGUUAAUGGUGGUGAUGUUGAAGAAUUAGAAGACUUUAAAUAUCUUCAGAAACAGUUUGCAGAUGUCGAUCCAAAAGGUGCCACAUUGGAUGAGUAUAAAGUAACCUUCAAAGCAGCUAAAGCCCCAAGUUGUCCAUCUAGCUCAAAGUUUUGGCAAGCGUCUGCUGAUUUACCACAUACACCAGACUCAACGAAAUGUGAAUGUAUGGAGAACUCAUUACAAUGUGGAUUGUCUUCGUACGUCAAGAGCAAUAACUUGACCCACAUUUUUGAUUAUGCUUGUAACAUUGUUGAUUGUGAAGCUAUAAAAGGUGAUGGUUCUACAGGCUCAUAUGGAUUUUUUUCAGACUGUAAUGCUAGACAAAAGGCUUCAUAUGUUAUCAAUGAAGUUUUUUUAAACUUGGGAGGGAAAAAAGACAAAUGUGAUUUCGAUGGAUUAGCAAGUUUGAACUCGAAAGUUUCAACUGAACAAGAAUUGAGUGAUAUUGUCACAUUGACAGGAGAUUCAUGUCUUUCCAUAAUUAAAGCAAAUGAAGCCAAAAAGUUGGAACUAAAAUCAUUCUCCAAAAAGAAUUCAACAGCAUCAGGCAAUUCAACUAAUUCUCGUAAUGGUCAUGGUAAUGGAACAGGUCACGAGAACUCGGGAUCACAAAUCAAAUUUUACCAAAACUUGAGUUCAAUUGUUCUUCUGUCUUUUGUUUUUGUCAUUAUUUUACCUUUCUUGAACAUUUGA